AAAAAAAAAAAACCAGAAGCUUUUGGCACCACAUUGCCGCCAUUGCUCUCUAUCUCUCUCUCUGCACGAAUUCAAGACGAAGGUGAUCUCAGUUUCGUUCUAAAUAUGCAUUUCGCAAAGCUCGAUGAUUCGCCUAUGUUCCGCCAACAGAUACAGGGCUUGGAAGAAGGUGCAGAGUCAUUGAGGGGAAGAUGUAACAAGUUUUUCAAAGGAUGUCGAAAGUACACAGAAUGGCUUGGAGAAGCAUAUGACGAGGAAAUUGCUUUUGCAACUGCCCUUGAAACUUUUGGGGGAGGGCAUAAUGAUCCAAUUUUUUCAGCUUUGGGAGGCCAUGUUAUGACCAAAUUCACAAUUGCAUUAAGAGAAAUUGCAACGUACAAAGAAGUUUUCCGGUCACAGAUAGAGCACAUGCUAAAUGAUAGGCUGUUGCACUUAGUCCAUGUUGAUCUCCAUGAUGUCAAGGAAGACAGAAAGCGUUUUGACAAGGCUUCUCUUGUAUAUGAUCAGGCACGCGAGAAGUUUCUAUCAUUGAGGAAGAGCACUAGAAUGGAUAUAGCUGCUAGUAUAGAGGAGGAACUGCACAAUGCAAGAUCCUCAUUCGAGCAGGCCCGCUUCAACCUGGUUACUGCUCUCUCUGAUAUUGAGGCGAGAAAGAGGUUUGAAUUUCUGGAAUCUGUUAGUGGGGUGAUGGAUGCUCAUCUUCGUUACUUCAAACAGGGAUAUGAGUUACUGCACACAAUGGAACCCUAUAUUCAUCAGGUUUUGGCUUAUGCACAACAGACAAGAGAAAGUUGCAACCAGGAACAGGUAUCUCUCAAUGAAAGGAUACAAGAGUAUAAAAGGCAGAUUGAUCGCGAAAGUAAUCAGUCCUUGAGUGGUGUCCAGAGUUCUCCCAAUGGAGAUGGUGUGCAGCCUUUCUCUAGGAAAUCACAUAAAGUGAUAGAGGAAGUGAUGCAAUCUGCUGCAAAGGGGAAGAUACAAACAAUUCGGCAAGGAUAUCUCUCAAAACGUUCCUCCAAUUUAAGAGGUGACUGGAAAAGAAGGUAUUUCAUUCUUGAUAGUCGAGGGAUGCUGUACUACUAUCGCAAACCAUGGAAUCGGCCAUAUCAUGGGGGUCAAUCUUCUCCACAUAAGCAUGGUUCCUCUGAAAAUGGCUCUGGGCUUUUGAGCCGUUGGCUUUCAUCUCACUACCAUGGCGGUGUACAUGAUGAAAAAACCGUUGCACGUCACACCGUGAACUUGCUGACAUCAACAAUAAAGGUUGAUGCUGACCAGACAGAUUUAAGAUUCUGCUUCAGGAUUAUAUCACCUACGAAAAUCUACACUUUGCAGGCAGAGAAUGCACUCGACCAAAUGGAUUGGAUUGAGAAAAUCACUGGAGUAAUUGCUUCAUUAUUGAGUUUCCAGACACCUGAGAGGCGUCUCUCAACUAGCCCUACGGGAAGCGAUGAUCAGAUCUCUGGAAGUGAGAGUAAUUUAUUAGAAUGUGCUUUUGAUGCUGAUCAGACAAUUCAGGAGUAUUCACCUAAGAUCAGUGCUUAUAAUUAUUUGCGAACCUCUAAAAGUUUGCAAUCGCUCAAGUACAAAAUGAAAAGUGAGAAGCCAAUUGACAUACUGAGAAGAGUAUGCGGUAAUGACAAAUGUGCUGAUUGUGGUGCGCCUGAACCAGAUUGGGCAUCCUUGAACCUUGGCAUUCUUAUUUGCAUUGAAUGUUCUGGUGUUCAUCGUAAUCUUGGUGUACAUGUAUCAAAGGUCAGAUCACUGACACUUGAUGUGAAAGUAUGGGAACCUUCUGUCUUAACCUUGUUUCAAUCACUAGGCAAUACUUUCGUAAACUCGGUUUGGGAGGAGACGUUGUAUUCAAAAAGUACUUUGCAGGCUGAUAACAUGCCUAUAGGUUUUCCCAAGGCGGAUAGAAAUGAGCCAUUUCUUAUGAUAAAGCCCUGUUAUGAUGAUCUUAUUUCGAUAAAGGAGAGGUUUAUUCAUGCAAAGUAUGAAGAAAGACUUUUUGUUCGUCGUACGAAAAACAAUCAGAAGUUCCACUCAAUGGAGCAACAACAGUUGUGCAAAAGUGUCCGUGCUAAUGACAAGAAAGCAGUUUACCGCCAUAUUAUCAGCUCCGAAGCAGAUGUUAAUGCUAUAUGUGGGCAAGCAUUAGAUGAUAUUUCUGAAGACAAGCCUUCCUCAAGUAAUUCAAACUCACUCAAUAAAAGUGAAGUUCAGCCACUGGAGCACACCCCUAAGGGCUCUUCCCUGCUUCACCUAGCCUGCCAAAGUGCUGAUAUUGGCAUGGUGGAGCUACUUUUACAGUACGGUGCAAACGUAAACACUUCUGAUUUAAAUGGUCAAACACCACUGCAUUGUUCCGUUAUCAGAGGCAAUACUUCUAUUGCAAAGAUGCUUCUUAUGAGGGGAGCUGAUCCUCAUGCCAUUGACAGAGAAGGUAAAACACCAAGUGAGCUUGUAUCAGAAUCAGCCUCCAAUGACAAGAUGCUUGCUCUUUUAACAAACUCAGGCAGAUGAUGGUUUAAGAUGGAAACUUGAUUGCAUAAUUAUGAAUACCAGAAGAGACUGAAAAUAUGGGAAUUAAUAUCCCUAUGGUAUCGUAGGAAGAGCCAAAAUGUAUUUGGAUUAACAGAGCUUGCAGGUUUGUUUGCUGCGCCAGACCGGCUUAUCUCUUCAAUAAAUGUAGGUCAGUUUAGUUUUGUGAGUUGAGGUAAAUAGAGGCAGUUUGAUUUGCUUUGUAUCUGUUUAUGUACUUUUUUUGUUCUAUAUGAUUUGAUUUUCUGUACAGAACUUUAGGAAGUUUUAGCAGAAUAUUUUGUUGGUGUAUGUCGAUCAGUUUAGUUUUGUGGGUGGAGAUAAACUUAGGCAAUUUGACUUGCUUUGUAUCAGUACGUACUUUUUAAGUUCUAUUCGUUUUGCUA